GCGUCUUAACCUUUGGUACACACAGCAGGACUGUAUAUCGGCUGCUUUUUGUGUGCAAGCAGGUAACUUUACCACCAAAGACUUUCGGUAAGACAGCUGUUAAUAACUAGUUAGCUUCAGUAACGUUGGUUAGCAGCACGCUGAGCUGCAGAGACAGAAGGAAGCAGGUGAAGUUCAUUAAUCUCCGUUAAUUAUCAAAUAAUCUGGACUUCGACACGUUCACGUGGAGAUGUUGUCAGCCGUUGUCCGGUCAGCUGUCUCGAAAUACAGCGGGUUGUGGCUGCCCAGUCAGGCUCUUGUCAGGGCCAUGUCGUCGUCGUCGUCGUCUUCAGGUGGUCCCGUCCCUCCUUACACCACCCUGGCCAUCACUCACCCAGCGGAGUCCGUCACACACGUAGAGCUUCACCGUCCUGAGAAACGCAACGCCAUGAACAAAGCCUUCUGGAGUGAGAUGGUGGAUUGCUUUAAUGAGAUAGCUGAAGACCCAGACUGCAGAGUGGUGGUGGUUUCUGGAGCAGGGCGGCUCUUCACAGCCGGUAUUGACCUGAUGGACAUGGCCAGCGAGGUACUCCAACCAGAGGGCGACGACACGGCCAGGAUUUCCUGGAACAUCAGAAAAAUGGUUGCUAAAUAUCAAGAGGCGUUCUCCGUCAUAGAGAAGUGUCCAAAGCCUGUUGUGGUGGCCGUCCAUGGAGCCUGUAUUGGGGGAGGUGUUGACCUGGUCACAGCCUGUGACAUCCGCCUGUGUACCCAGGACGCAUGGUUCCAGGUAAAGGAAGUUGAUAUUGGACUUGCAGCGGAUGUUGGAACGCUCCAGAGACUUCCAAAAGUCAUCGGCAGCCGCAGUUUAGUGAAUGAGUUGGCUCUGACCGCCAGGAAGAUGUACGCGGAUGAAGCCAAGAGCAGCGGACUGGUCAGCCGAGUGUUUGCAGAUAAAGAGGCCAUGAUGGCAGGAGCUCUAGAGAUGGCGGGGGAGAUCGCUGGUCGCAGCCCUGUAGCUGUGCAGGGAACCAAAAUCAACCUUAUCUAUUCCAGAGACCACAGUGUAGCAGAGGGGCUGAACUACAUGGCUACCUGGAACAUGAGCAUGCUUCAGACUCAAGAUUUGAUGAAAUCAGCUCAGGCGGCCAUGGAGAAGAAGAGCCCAAAGACGAUAGCUUUCUCAAAACUCUAAAACUCACUGAGGCCAAUUCAGAUUUAACAAAAGCUGCCUUCAUUAUGGCCUUAUUGUGGGAAAGAGAAACAUGAUGAACAUGAUUCUUUAUCUAGAAUUUGUGGCACUUUGAGGAUGAGGUAACGAGACUGUUAUCUGACUAUUAACUGUUAUCAAAAUGCCAACAGGAUACUAUACUUCCACCCUCAUUGAUACUUAAGAAUCAACAUUGGAUCAUUAAAUUAAGUGUGACAGUGAACUUCACACUUCAGCAGGAAUGUGCACUUGAAACAGGAUCUAAAUCUAAACUGACCAUGUGGAACAUCUUGUCUACAGCUGUGAAUUUGUUUUUCAGUUCGUGCUUAACAGCUAGUUUUGUAUAUCUGUAAAUUACUUCAUGAAUGUUUCUCAUUAAAGAAAUUAAAGUUA